GCUGUCUCAACACCUGACAAAUGGCCCUCGCGCGAACACUUCAGAGAAACAGUGACCUUCAUCGUGGGGACAAACAAGAAGACCUAUGUCGUACACAAAGAUCUGCUCUGCUUCUAUUCGGAUCACUUCCGCGCUGCUUUCCAAGGUUCAUUCAAAGAGGCUACUGAACGCAAGAUUGAACUCCCAAAAGUCAGCGAGGAUGAUUUUGAGCACUUCCAAGUCUGGCUCUACACGCGCAGGCUCGAUUUCGCAAGCACCAACUUCUACACAAUCGCCCGACUUUGGAUCUUUGGCGACCAAUAUCAGAUACCGCUCCUCCAAAAUUGGGCUGCCGAUAGCUUGAUUGCCAAAAGAAAGAAAGAAAACGCGUUCCCUAGUGCUGUAGUGCCUCUCAUCUAUGACCGCACUGUACCUGGAUCGGCUUUGCGCAGAGUUGCUAUCGAGGUCGCU